UCCAAUGUGUUUGCCAUGUUUGACCAGUCCCAGAUCCAGGAGUUCAAAGAGGCCUUCAACAUGAUAGACCAGCACAGAGAUGGCUUUAUCGACAAGGAAGACCUGCACGAUACGCUUGCCUCACUAGGGAAGAAUCCCAGUGAUGCAUACCUGGAUGACAUGAUGAACGAGGCUCCAGGGCCCAUCAACUUCACCAUGUUCCUCACCUUGUUUGGUGAGAAGUUAAAUGGCACAGACCCUGGGGACGUCAUCCACAAUGCUUUCGCCUGCUUUGAUGAAGAAGCAACUGACACCAUCCAGGAGGAUUACCUGAGGGAGCUGCUGACCACCAUGGGCGACUGCUUUACUGACGAGGAGGUGGAUGAGCUCUACAGAGAAGGCCCCAUCGACAAAAAGGGGAAUUUCAACGACAUCGAGUUCACACGCAUCCUCAAACACGGAGCAAAAGACAAGGAUGACUGA